UGAAAACGUUAUAUAGACGUAGAAAUGAAUACACUUUUCCAUUCAAAAGACGAUAACCCAAAUUACGUUGUUGUAUCUAUAGCUUUAGUACAAUCAGAAUUGUUCUGGAUGUGCUCCGUCAUUUUCUGUUUGCUUCGAGAAUCCAAGUUACUUAAUGAACGUCCAAAAACCUCGACAGCAAGAAAUAGGGCUUACUCAGAAUCGGGCACUUCCUCUAGUCAAUCAAAAAAGAGCGGUCAUAUCAGAAUAGACAAUUGUAUUUUACUAAACGAACAUGACGAAACCAGUAAACUUAGACGCCGGCUAAGUCUACCAAAUGAGGUUGUUGAAUUUAGGCUUAGACCAUCAGCAGAGGACGAGCUUGUUGGCAAUACAUGCCCUCCGUUGUGGUGGCAAAAAACUCGAGUGAAGUUGGGACAUGCAGCUGUUCACGGUGACUCUAACUAUACUAAAUCAGCUAGUAGUACAUUAAGAUCAUCUGCCUCCAUAUCGUCAAUUGAAUCAUUACCAAUAAGUGAUCUUUCAAGUCCAUGUGGUGCAUCCCUAAGAUCAUCUACUGUAUUUACUUCUGUAAACGAUAACAAUUACGCUAUCUCUUUAGCGCCAGUCUCGACAAGGAAAUCAAUACAAUCUUGUUCUUCAGCAGAGAGUGCAUCAUUAAAUGAAAAACAAUCGACCAAGAGGAAACUAAUGUCUAAACUAAACACCGCUUUACUUUCACAUUAUAAUCGUAGAAAGCAGUCAAUAGACCCUAAAUCAAUAUAAGAUGUAAAAUAAAACUCUGUACAGUACAUACAAGUCGUUUCAUAUAGCGGAUUUUAAAUAAAAACUUAAUAUAUACAUAAAUAUCUUUUGGAGGAUACAUAUACUUCGCGAAAUGAUUAAUAAAUAAUGGGC